AUGUAUCUCUAACUGACAUCUUUGCCUAAGUUAAAAUUGUAGAUGAACAAAUAUUUGGAGUCAUAUUAGAAAUAUUUCGAAAGGAAAGAGUUUAAGACUCAAUUGAAUAUCUUUCGGAUUAUGGUAAUCAAAAUCUUUUGGAAUAAUUAAACAUAAAAGGAGAAAAUAUAAAAUUGGUUCAGAAUAAAUAGAAAUUGUCUCUUUGUCUUAGAAAUGAUUUGA